AUGAUCUUUGCUAACAAGAAGCACUUCAGCACUGCUACUCUUGGGACACUGAUCACACUGUCCAUCAUAGCCCUUGUUCUCAGCCUGGUGGAGAUUGACGACGUCUCCCUGCCACCCACAGUCAAGCAUGGGAUGGUGUUUGAUGCAGGCUCAUCCCACACCUCCCUGUUUGUCUACGAGUGGGACUCAGACAAGGAGAACAACACUGGUGUGGUCAGCCAGGCCUUGUCCUGUGAUGUCCAGGGGCAAGGCAUAUCAAGCUAUGCCAACGAUCCCCCAAAAGCUGGUGACUCCCUACGAGCGUGCCUGGAAAAAGCCCACAAACUGCUUGCUGCAAAAAAUCAGCUUGUGUGGAACUGGGGGAAAAAACAGCCUGUUUGCUUGUGGUUUUGUCUGGUACUGAUGUGGCUGAGUAUGUGUCCUGACCUUUGACUCCUUCUCAGGCAGAAGAACAGCUCAGCUGCAGACCAAGUCCUGGCUGAAGUUGCUAAAACCAUGCAGGAGUACCCUGUGGUGUUCAGAGGGGCUCAGAUCCUCACAGGAGAGGAGGAGGGGGCUUAUGGCUGGAUCACCACCAACUACCUGCUGGACUCCUUCACCAAGUUCUCCCCCAGAGCACGUGCGUGGGUUCACCCGGAGGCAGCCAACGUUCAUGGGGCGCUGGAUCUUGGAGGAGCCUCCACUCAAAUCAGCUUUAUGCCUGAAAGUUCUGUCAGAAACUGGAGUGAAGCCUCCAAGUUCACACUGUACGGGUAUAACUACAGCAUCUACACCCACAGCUACCUCUGCUACGGGCAGAACGAGAUGCUGAAGCGCCUGGCAAAGGAAUUAAUUGCGGAGUCGGCCUCCAGCCCACGAGUCGACCACCCUUGCUACCCAAGAAACUACAAUGAAACCCUCUCACUGUCUUCCUUCAGCACCAGCCCCUGCACCAACCACAGCGACCCACGCCUGGGCCUUAGUGACAGGGAAGUGACCCUGGAGGGCAGGGGAAAUGCCAGCGGCUGCCUGGCUGCCAUCAAGAAGCUGUUCAACUUCUCGGCAUGUGGCCAGAGCCAGGACUGCACCUUCGACGGCGUCUCCCAGCCCCCCAUCCACGGGCACUUCAUUGCCUUCUCUGCCUUUUACUAUAACUUCAAGUUCCUCAAUCUGACAGAGGGGCAGUCACUGGGCACUGUCAGGGAGACCAUCGAGCAGUUCUGCACAAGAAGCUGGGAAGAUCUGUCUUCUAGCUACCCUGAAGAGCACCCUGAGCGACUGCCCAAAUACUGCGCCAACGCCAACUACAUCCUCACACUCCUUCUUGAUGCCUACAAGUUCAACCAGACCAGCUGGAACAAGAUCUUCUUCCGGAGGAAGGUGGGAAGUGCUGAUGUGGGUUGGACACUGGGCUACAUGCUGAACCUCACCAACAUGAUCCCAGCAGAGGCUCCGGUGCAGCUCAAGGGGCAUGUUCCUUCCCUGUGGGCUGCAGCCAUCACCUUCAUCAUCCUCACCCUUGCCUUGGGGAUUACUGCCUUGCUCCUGCUCCUGUGGGUGUAG